ACACAUGAAAAUUAGAUCAGAACACAGUCUGAUUCCUUCUUGACGCUGGGAACAAUUUUUACAAAGGAGAUAUUUCAGUAUUAGUGAGAGAACAUGAAGUCGUGUUGGCUAUUUCUGAUAUACCUGUUAUGGCUGAGGGGCCAUCAGUGUCCACCUAUAAAGGAGGAGGAAAUCAAUCCAUGGGAACACCUGAAAAUUUUAUCAGAAGUUGGUGAGAAAUAUGUAGACGAAGAGGUAAAGAAAGCUCUAGUAGGCAUUAAGCAGAUUAAAGUUAUGAUGGAAAGAAAUGAAGAUAAACAUGUGCAUCUGAUGAAAACCUUGAAGAAGAGCAGUGGAGAAAAACAGGAAGCUCUGAGGCUUAUGGACGAAGUGAAAGAACAAUUAGAGGAAGAAGAAAGACAAUGUCAGGUGUCUCUGAGAAAUCUCUGGGAUGAAUGUAAAACUUGUUUAGAAAGUAACUGCAUGAGAUUUUAUACCACCUGCCAGCAAGGCCUGUCAACAUUUACAAGUAAGGUUGAAGAUUUUUUCAGGAAAAUGUCUCCAUUUACUUUUACUUUUCAUGAAGAUCAAGAAAAAGAUCUCCAGUUAAAUGAAAAGCCCGAGAAGGAAGAUGCCCAGUUAGUACAAAUGGAAGAUUUAUUUAGCCAGCUGUUAUCGGAUGUGAGCAUAAUAUUUGAUAAAAGCUUUGCUUUUUUCAAACAGAUGCAAAAAGAAUUUGAUCAAUCUUUUCAAAUAUAUUUCAUGUCUGAUCUGGACCUAACUGAGCCCUACUAUAUGCCUGCUUUCCCCGAGGAGCCUAUAAGAAACAGUGGUUUUCAGAAAGACUUGGGUAUGCCAGGCUUCCUUCAGAUAUUUUUUGACUUCAGCAAGACUCUGUUUGAAGGUAUCAGCGAGGUGAUUACUGAAGCAUUUGAUGAAUACACAGACAGUACAAGAGAUUUGCCAGAACAAGCCAAAGAUUCUGACAAAAGUGGCAUGUUUUCAAAGAUCAUACCAGGACACAAGAGAGCUCUGUGUAAAGAGCUCCGUCAGAAUUCAUCCGGAUGCCCACAGUUUCAUGAGAGAUGCCAGAAAUGUCAGGAUAACCUGAUGAGAGACUGUCCAAACGUCCCUGAACUACACAUAAAGUUUGAUGAAGCCUUUAAGCUGGUUAAUGUCUCAGGUGAACAGUAUGAGCAGAUCCUCCAGGUGAUUCAGCGUCACACAGAAGACACUUCCUACUUGUUGAGCAAAAUGAAAGAAAGGUUCGGGUGGGUGUCAGAACUAUCCAACAUGACCAUCGGACCAGAAAACAUUUUCAAUAUAGUAAAGGUGUCACCAAGUGUCCAAGGAACAGAUUCUUCCAGUCUGAAUGAAACAGUGGUGCAUGUGAAUAUUCUGACUUCACCUACUUUCACAAUUAAGGUUCCUCAUGAUUUAGUUAUAGGGAGCUCUGAAUUCAUUGAAUAUGUAGCUGGGAAAGCUUUGCAACUUUACAAACAGAAUUUUUAAGGAUGGUCUGCAGAGAAAAAGCUGGAAAUCAGGGCCUGAGCUCAUUAGAAAGGCUCAAAGCCAGCAGGAAAAUAAAAAGAACACAGCAUUUAGUAUACUUUAAAAAUCACGUGAUAUUAAAUGCAAUCUCAUGAUUUUCUGGGGCCUGACUCAUGAUUUUUGAACACUUGGGAUUGGCAAUACUGGAUUUCUUCCCCAGAAUCUCUUCCUGCAGAAGAGGAUGAACUGGGUCUUUGAAUUUACACAUAACAUAAUAAAAACAAGACUACCAUCCAUGUUGGUUUGGCUAUGUUGGUGCACCUAAAUGCACAUUACAUCAGAAAUUGACCUAGAAGUGAGUCUUUUGACAGGAAAAUAACACAACCCAUUUCACCAUGGUUGUUUCUUCAUAGCUAUUAUCCCUAUUAGAUCUAGCAAUUAGCAAUAUUCACUCUUUUUUCACCUCACCCAAACCUAAAUUUGGGAACACUAAGGGCUAGAAGCCUAAUAGUAAUACUCUUAACUCCCAUAGGGAAGAUCUGAGUCCUUGUUCCAUAACCUGAUCCUCCUGUGCAAUGCACAUUUGUGGUCAUUCUUAUACCUGAGUGAAAUGAGUGAAAAGAUGGUAUAAACUGCUACCAAAUCAUAAUGGUAGCAUUUUACAUCUACUUUGCACAGGUGUACAUGACUACACACAGGUCUUUUAAUGGCAUGAGAGAAAAUAACCAGUGGGGAAUCCAAGAGGAUCCUUUGUAUAAAAGGAAAAAAAGAACAACUACACACUUCAGUAUGUAACCAACUGGAUUUUUUUGUGUUGUAUGUUCACUCAGUAGGAAGAUGUAUCCACUAUCUUAUGUUAUUCAUUAAUGUAACACCCUUCUUUAGUCCAAAAAUAGAAAAAAGACAGUUUGUUCAAAAACACACUAUGGUCACUGACGAACUGCACAAUGCAAACCUUAUUUUUUCCCCCAUAGACAAGAAGAUCUGUGGAAUAUCAUCCACUUCAAAUCCAGCGUCCUCUCCUUACAGUGAAGUACUCCAAAGUUCAGUGGAUAGAGAACUGUUCUUUGAAUAGGGUUUUAAAAUGUUUGCUUACAAACAAUAUAUUGUUUAAUAAAUAUUGUGACAUCAAAUAUUCAAUAUUUACAGUAAUUUAAUUGCAUGGCAAAUUAAAAUCCAUGUCAAUAUGUAUUCCUUUUAAAUGAAAAAUUAUAUGCCUGUAUGGUACAUUAUGUGAUUGUUGAUUAUCACUUAUGAUCCCAGUCUUACAAAGACUUAAGCACAUGCUCAGCUUCAACCAUGUAAGUUGUCCCCAUUGCCCUAAAUGCUAUUACUUGCACGCUUAAAAUUAAGCACAUACUUAAGACUUUGCAGCACUAGGGCCUAAAUCUCUUGUACACCCAGCUAAGAUUGAAUCAACCGAGUCUGAAUGUAUAUGUAAUACAUUAAUACAUGUAUUCUGGCAUUCUGUUUCUUCUUC